AGAAAUCAAAGCUGUAGGAACCAAAGCGGCGGGGCAGGGCAGGGCAGGGCAGGGCAGGGCAGGGCAGGGUGCGUGGGGUUCUGUGGGGUCCUGUGGGGUCUCGUGGGGUUCGGGACGCAGAGACCGGAAGGCGGAGCCUCGCGCGGAGCCGUGAUCUGGGUCGCCGGAGGAGUGCCCGUGCGGAGGUCCGGAUCGGGCUGGGCGGGGGUCCCGCUCUCCCCCUCCCCAUCCUCGCCUCCCGGGCUCUGCUGACGUUGCGGCUUCCUCCGCCCCAGGCAGAGCCCGGCCACGGCUGGCCCACUCUCCGCCGACAGUCUCCGCCCAGCCCGCACGGCCGCUAGAAGCUGCAGCGGCGCACCCCGGGCGCGGCGCCCUGAGCUCGGAUGGCUCGGCGCGCAAGCUGAGGGCCCGACUCCAGGGGUCCGGCGCCCCGGCGCCCCACGGGGAGGCAGAGAGAGGACGCCCGGGAGGACGGAGCGGAUUAUCCGAAGAUGAUUUGGCUGCCUUGGAGACUUGGAGAUCCGGUGCCACGAUGAGGACUCAUACACGGGGGGCACCCAGUGUCUUUUUCAUAUGUUUGCUCUGCUGUGUGUCAGCCUUCAUCACUGACGAGAACCCAGAAGUCAUGAUUCCCUUCACUAAUGCCAACUAUGACAGCCACCCAAUGUUGUACUUCUCCAGGAAAGAUGUGGCAGAGCUCCAGCUGAGGGCUGCCAGCUCCCAUGAGCACAUUGCAGCUCGGCUUACGGAGGCUGUGCAUACCAUGUUGACUAACCCCUUGGAAUACCUCCCUCCUUGGGAUCCCAAGGAGUACAGUGCCCGCUGGAAUGAGAUCUAUGGAAACAACCUGGGUGCCUUGGCAAUGUUCUGUGUGCUGUAUCCUGAGAACAUUGAAGCUCGAGACAUGGCCAAAGACUACAUGGAGAGGAUGGCAGCGCAGCCUAGUUGGUUGGUGAAAGAUGCGCCUUGGGAUGAAGUUCCACUUGCGCACUCCCUGGUGGGUUUCGCCACUGCAUAUGACUUCUUAUACAACUACCUGAGCAAGACACAGCAGGAGACAUUCCUGGAAGUGAUUGCCAAUGCCUCAGGCUAUAUGUAUGAAACUUCCUAUAGAAGAGGAUGGGGCUUCCAGUACUUGCACAACCACCAGCCCACCAACUGUAUGGCGUUACUCACUGGAAGUCUUGUUCUGAUGAACCAAGGGUACCUUCAGGAGGCCUACUUAUGGACCAAGCAAGUUCUAAGCAUCAUGGAGAAGUCUCUGGUCUUGCUGCGAGAGGUGACAGAUGGCUCUCUCUAUGAAGGAGUUGCAUACGGCAGCUAUACCACUAGAUCCCUGUUCCAGUACAUGUUUCUUGUUCAGAGGCAUUUUGACAUCAACCACUUUGGCCAUCCAUGGCUUAAGCAACACUUUGCCUUUAUGUAUAGGACCAUCUUGCCAGGGUUUCAGAGAACUGUAGCCAUUGCAGACUCAAAUUACAACUGGUUUUAUGGUCCAGAAAGUCAAUUAGUGUUCCUGGAUAAAUUUGUCAUGCGUAAUGGGAGUGGAAACUGGCUGGCUGACCAAAUCAGAAAGAACCGUGUAGUGGAAGGUCCAGGUACCCCAUCCAAAGGGCAGCGCUGGUGCACUCUACACACAGAAUUUCUCUGGUAUGAUGCCAGCUUGAAACCAGUUCCACCUCCAGAUUUUGGUACCCCAACAUUGCAUUAUUUUGAGGACUGGGGUGUUGUGACUUAUGGAAGUGCACUACCUGCAGAAAUCAACAGGUCAUUCCUUUCCUUCAAGUCAGGAAAACUUGGGGGGCGUGCAAUAUAUGACAUUGUCCAUAGAAACAAAUAUAAAGACUGGAUCAAAGGGUGGAGAAAUUUUAAUGCAGGACAUGAGCAUCCUGACCAAAACUCUUUCACUUUUGCCCCCAAUGGUGUGCCGUUCAUUACUGAGGCCCUCUAUGGGCCAAAGUACACCUUCUUUAACAAUGUUCUAAUGUUUUCUCCAGCUGUGUCAAAGAGCUGCUUUUCUCCCUGGGAGGGUCAGGUCACAGAAGAUUGUUCAUCAAAGUGGUCAAAGUAUAAGCAUGACCUGGCAGCCAGCUGCCAGGGGAGAGUGAUUGCAGCAGAUGAAAAGGACGGGGUUGUGUUUAUCCGAGGAGAAGGCGUAGGAGCAUAUAACCCCAUGCUCAACCUGAAGAACAUUCAACGGAAUCUCAUCCUCCUCCACCCACAGCUUCUCCUUCUUGUAGACCAGAUACACCUGAGAGAGGAGAGCCUGCUGGAGACAGCAGCAAGUUUCUUCCACAAUGUGGAUGUCCCUUUUGAGGAGACAGUAGUAGAUGGGGUUCAUGGGGCUCUCAUCCGGCAGCGAGACGGUCUCUAUAAAAUGUACUGGAUGGAUGAUACUGGUUAUAGUGAAAAAGCAGUCUUCGCCUCAGUCAUGUAUCCUCGGGGUUAUCCCUACAAUGGGACAAAUUAUGUGAAUGUCACCAUGCAUCUUCGAAGUCCCAUCACCAGGGCAGCUUACCUCUUCAUAGGGCCAUCUGUGGAUGUCCAGAGCUUCAGCAUCCAUGGAGACCCUCAGCGGCUGGAUGUGUUCAUAGCUACCAGUGAACAUGCCUAUGCAACUUACCUGUGGACAGGUGAGAACACAGGACAUUCUGCUUUUGCACAGGUCAUUGCAGAUCAUCAGAAAAUUCUGUUUGACCAGAGUUCAGCCAUCAAAAGCACCACUGUCCCGGAGGUGAGAGAUUAUGCUGCUAUUGUGGAGCAGAAUCUGCAGCAUUUUAAGCCCGUGUUCCAGCUGCUCGAGAAGCAGAUCCUAUCCCGAGUCCAGAACACAGCUAGCUUUAGGAAGACUGCUGAGCGCCUACUGAGGUUUUCAGAUAAGAGACAGACAGAGGAGGCCAUUGACAGGAUUUUUGCUAUAUCCCAGCAACAGCGGCAGCAGCGAGGCAAGUCAAAGAAAAGCCGAAGGGUGGGUAAGCAUUACAAGUUUGUGGAUACAGUCCCUGAUAUUUUUGCACAGAUUGAAGUUAAUGAGAAGAAGAUUCGACAGAAAGCUCAGAUUUUAGCACAGAAAGAACAGCCCAUAGAUGAAGAUGAAGAAAUGAAUGACCUUUUGGAUUUUGCUGAUGUCACAUAUGAGAAGCAUAAAAAUGAGGGUUCCAUGAAAGGUGGCUUUGGACAGGUGCGGAUGGUGACAAGUCACAACAAAGCACCUUCACUGUCAGCCUCGUAUACCAGACUCUUCUUGAUUCUGAACAUUGCCAUCUUCUUUGUCAUGUUGGCAAUGCAACUGACUUAUUUCCAGAGGGCUCAGAGUCUCCAUGGCCAAAGGUGUCUUUAUGCAGUCCUCCUAAUAGAUAGCUGUGUCUUAUUGUGGUUGUAUUCCUCCUGUUCUCAAUCUCAGUGCUAGCGCCAAAGCCAUGAGCCUCUCAUGAUCACUAGAGGUCAUGAAAUAUAUGCAUAUAUUUCCUAAUUUGUUAUAAUUUCUCCCCCAGAUGUAUUUGAGCAAAUUUAAGAGAAGUUGUUUUCACACACAAAAAGUGGGAGUAUGGAAAGCUCUGAACUGGACACACAAAGGAUGUACCUAAGGAGUAAGAAUAGCUUUGGCUGUUAACUUGUGUUUCUGGAAAUGUCUGGCUGACCAGUUUCUAUUAGAAGAGUCAAAAAUGCCUGUUUUUUACAUCAUCUUUCUGUUACUAUAAAGAAAAAAAUGAAUUUGACUUUAAUAUCAUUAAUUUAAUUCUGUUAGAAGCUUCCAGAUUCUGUAUUGUGGAACAUAUGGAAACACAUAAUUCCAAGCAAUACAGGCUGUUAAAAUAUAAAUAAUGGGAACUCUGAUUAUAAGACCUGGAAACUUCAAAUAACAUGAUAAAAUAAUAGCAGAAGAUCAUAAAGGAACUGAAAUAUUUUAAAAUGAAAAACAUAUAAGAAUGAACAUCUUUUUGAUGAUGUUGGUCAAUGCAGGAAUGGUAUUUGUGGCUUUUCGAUAAGUAAUACAAUAACAGGUAGUUUCAUGUUCUCUUCCUCUUUUAUGUAAAAUGUUUAUAGACCCAAAGGCUAAAGUUUUCAAAAUAAACUAUUUUAUAUCUUGAAACUCAAUACCAAAGAACAUAGAACUAAAGUUUUGGUGUGAUUCUGAUGUUUUUAACUAGAAAAGUUUCUUCAAGUUUAUUUUGCUAAAUAAACCAAUCAUAAUUAUGA